AUGUCAGUCGAAGCAAAAACAUUCACGAACAAAUCUAAUGGUGAAACAUUCACAAAAGGCACUUAUAACGGUAUUGAAGUCUUACGUAGAGACAAGGAUGGUUACAUUAAUGCAACAAAGAUGGCAAGAGAAGCAGGAAAGUUAAACCAUUUAAACAGAUUUCUCAAUAGUGCUAAAAUGCAGGAAAUUCUUGAGUUUUGGUUGAAAGAAUACGGUCGAGCCAAAAGUGGCUCAACCUCAAAACAAGCAUUUUAUGAGCUUACUAAGGGCGUUAUGAAUGAAUUCAAAGGUAUUUACAUACAUGCUGACCUC